ACACAAACUCUCCAAUUCGUCUUUUAGGGUUCCCACAAAUUAUUUUUCUCUCGCUCUCGUUCUCUCUCAGACAAAACAGCAAACAAUGGAGACUGCAACGAGUGCUAACCAACUACAACUGAUCUCAUCUUUCCUCGAUAUCACCGUUGGCCAAAGUGCAGAAAUCGCUCUUCAGUUCCUUAAGGCAACAAACUGGCACCUUGAAGAUGCCAUCAACCUCUUUCUCAUCGCUAGGAGAAACCCUAAUCCAGAACAAGUCCCUCUUCCUUUACCUUCGAUGAUGGAUACUCUCUACGAGUACUCCUCCAUGCGUCACAACACUUCGGUCGCCGUAUCUCCUGAAGAUAUCUGGGACUCGGCAUCUGAGGAGUCCGAAUCCGAUUCAAGGUUGUCUUCUUUGUACCGUCCUCCUCCAAGUCUGUUUUUCCAUGGUUCGUUUGAAGAUGCGAAAGCAAGUUCCUUUAGAGAGGAUCUAUGGUUGCUUGUCAACCUCCAGUCCACGACCGAGUUUGCUUCUCACUUACUUAACCGAGAUUUAUGGCCAAACGACGCUGUUUUUCAAGCCAUUAGGUCCAGCUUCAUCUUGUGGCAGGUCUAUGAUCAUACCAACGAAGGUCAGAAAAUAUCUACUUUUUACAAGAUCGACUCUGCUCCUCCUGUGAUUCUCCUCAUCGAUCCCAUCACUGGCCAGAAGAUGCGUAUGUGGAGCGGUAUGAUUGAAGCUCAGGGUUUUCUCGAGGAUUUGAUGAAGUACAUGGAUGCUGGUCCUCACGAACAUGUUGCUUCUCUGACAAGCAACAAACGUAUCAAAACAGAGAAGAUUUCCUUUCCAAGCAACAACGCUGAUGAUCAAGUAGACAUGUCGACUUUCUGGGGCGAUGAUAUUGAAGAAGAAAAGACUGUAGCCAAAGAUGAAAAGGAGGAGAAUCUCGUUGUGGCUCCUUCUUGGGGGCAAGAAUUUGAAGAUAUAAUGACUUUAUCCGAACAUGAGGAGGAAACUUGUUUGUCAAGCGACCUGUUUGAGUUCCCGGUUCUGACAGAAGAGCCAAAAGGAGACUGUGAUAGAAGCAUUGUGUGCAGUUUGUGCGUUCGAUUUCCAGAUGGGAGAAGAAAGCAGAGGAAGUUUCUCAAGAGCGAACCGAUUCAGCUUCUCUGGUCUUUCUGUUAUUCUCACAUGGAGGAAUCCGAGAAAAAGGCGUUCAAGCUUGUGCAGGCGAUUCCUGGUGCUUCCAAGACUCUGGAUUAUGGAGCUAACGUCACGUUUGAUCAUUCUGGGCUAGCUAAUUCGAUGAUUUCAGUUACUUGGGAGUGAAGUUUUCAACAUGUUGUUCCUUCUUAAUUAUAUCUUCUUGAAGCAAUUAUGAAGAAACCCUUAAAUUCUUGAAAAUAAUUUCUAGACUUUUGUUUCGUUUGUCGUCAAUUGGAAUAUUAAGUUUAAAUAUACAAUUCUUUCAACA